AGAAAAUCCUCUCGCGUCCGGUGCGGUUGUCCAAUAUUAAGGGUGGAAUAUUCUUUGUUUUUGGAGAAUAAUUUGCUUUCAGAGACUAAGUAAUCAUGUUUGCCGUCCCAGGAUGGUCGGUUUCCAAGACUGCUCUCAAGCAGCAGAGCGAGCAGCAGACACAACAGAACAAGGCCGAGCAGGACGAUGCUCCUCCGAAGCCCAACAAGCGAAAGCGAGAUGAUGACAAGGUCACCAGGAAAAAUGUGGAUGAGAUGUUCAAACGACACAUUGAAGGACAGGUAGUGCCGCCGUGGAAAAGGAAGCAGGCUGAAAGGGCUGAAAACAAGUCGAAACCCCAGCAGAAGCAGCAGGGCGAGCAACCCCAGAAAGCAUCGAAGGAGCAGGAGAAAAUUGGAGCAGACAAGGGACCGGCCCAGGAAGCUUCUCAGCAGAGUGUAGGGGGCAUUGCGGAGGGCGGCGAGGAAAAGGUUUCGAAUAAGAAGCAGAAGAGGAACAGAAAGAACAAAGAGGGCAAGCAGGAUGCCACCUCCACCGCGUCUCCAGCGACUGCUGCGGCCCCUGCGGCACCACCGAAGACAGAGGCUAUCCUCACGCCUCUGCAGCAGGCCAUGCGACAGAAGUUGAUCUCCUCCCGGUUCCGCCAUCUGAACGAGACCCUCUACACGACUCCGUCCGCCAAGGCGCUCGAGCUGUUCAAUGCGAACCCCGAGCUCUUCGACGAGUACCACGCCGGAUUCUCACGGCAGGUAAAGGAGUCCUGGCCCUCGAACCCGGUGGACGGUUACAUUGCCGCUAUCCGCAGCAGAGCCAAGAUCUCGCCCGCCCCGAGGAAGGGAAAUAAGCCGGAUAAGGGCCAGGCGCUGCCCAGACGCCCCGGUGGGGCUUGCACGAUUGCCGAUCUGGGGUGUGGCGAUGCGCAACUCGCGCGAGCUCUGAUCCCAGCCGCGAAGAAGCUGAACCUGAAGCUUCUCAGCUACGAUCUGCACGCCCCUGAAGGCUCGCCCAUCACGAAAGCGGAUGCCUCCAACCUGCCGCUGGAAGACGGCUCCGUCGACGUGGCGAUCUUCUGUCUCAGUCUGAUGGGCACCAACUGGGUGUCCUUCGUCGAGGAGGCAUGGCGCGUUCUGCGGGGCGACGGCAAGGGAGAGUGCUGGGUGAGUGAAGUCAAAAGCCGAUUCGGCAAGGUGACGCGCAAGAAGGCGCAGAUUGGCGCGCGGAAGCCGCUCAGCAAGGCCGAGAAGAAGAAGCUCAAAAAGAAGGAUGCGGACGAUGCCGACUCCGAUGUGGAGGACGACGCCAUUUACGCUGAGAAUGGUCGCCCCGCCAACGACGAUGACGAGACGGAUGUGUCGGCUUUCGUGGAGGUGUUCCGCACCCGGGGCUUCGUUCUCAAGCCGGAGUCGCUGGACAAGUCGAACAAGAUGUUCGUGAAGAUGGUCUUUGUUAAACACCAUAGUGCGACGCCUUCUAAAGGCAAGCACGUCUCAGCGGCAGCCCCGCGUCCGGGGAAGAAGAGAUUCAUUGAGAAGUCUGCGGAUGGAGACAAGGGGAUGACUGCGGAGGAAGAGGCCCAGGUUCUCAAGCCCUGUGUUUAUAAGAAUCGGUAGUCGUGGCCGUCCUGUGCGGGAAUUAUGUAUAUAGUAUCCUCACUGUAACUUAGUUACCGGGUCUUUGGGUUUAGAGGAUUGCUAGGGCAACUAAACAGGCAGAAGGGGCAAAAAGCAUAU